CAAUCACAACGAUGCAUUGGGCUUCCUGUGUUGUCUGGGCUUCACUACUGAUGGCGUCCACAACAAAAAUACUAGGAGAUAUUCUCUUUAGAAAUGCAAGAAUCAAUGCAGGAAAGAUUCCAUGUCGCUCCAAGAUUCAUCUGAUAAGACGAUGGUUAUCGUCCACAACUAGCCUCCAGGAUCCCAUGAUCUAUACACAAUACAGCCCUUGUGGUCAGAUAGCAACUGUUGAGCUCAAUAGACCACCUGUGAAUAGCUUUAGCAUGCAGUUUAUGGAAGAGAUUAUCCGUACAUUGGAAAGUAUUGAAAAGAACAACAAAUGUCGUGGGAUUGUAUUCACAUCUAAAAUUCCAAAUGUAUUUUGUGCUGGACUUGAUUUGAAUGAGGUGCUUCACUCUAGUAAGGGUACACUGGUUGUUUUCAGGAAAAGAUUCCAAGAAAUGUGGACACUUCUGUAUGGCUCUAGCUUGGUAACUAUGGCCGCUAUAAAGGGUCAUGCAAUCGCUGGUGGCUGUGUACUAUCCUUGACUUGUGAUGUAUCUGUCAUGUCACCAGGAUAUAAAAUUGGCUUACCUGAACUAUCUUUGGGACUGUACCUUGCACCUUGGAUGUCAGGUACUCUAAUCAAUGCCGUUGGUCAAAGCAAGGCAGAGAAAAUCAUUUACAAUGCUGAGGUUAUGUCUUCAGAACAGGCUGCUGCUAUUGGACUAAUUCACAAAGUUGAGCCUAUAGAUAAUGUUCUUCCUGAAGUGCACAGGGAAAUGAAAACAUGGUUGUCUGUACCAGAUGAAAGCAGAAAACUAACCAAGGCACGACACCGAAAACAAUUAUUGGACCUCCUUCAGAGAACAAAGGAAGAAGACAUUGAAAUGUUCGUUGCUAGGGUAACAAGUGAAGAAACUCGGAAACAAAUUGCUACGAGACUGAAACAAAUGGGAAUGAAGAAAAAAAUUUGAAAUAAAGCGAAAAUAAGAUUCACACCACAUUAGUAGUAACAAUCGUUAUAGAUGAAGAUAAACCACUGUAAAAAGUGAAAAAUAGAAAAAAAGUGCAAAAUAGUAUCUCACUGUUCAUAGCUAUGCUGAAUAAAAAAAUCUCGUUUCACAUGC